GUAGAUCUUUCCUUUACAGGUCUGCAGGGAGGAACCAUAAUGGAAAGGAUAUUGCUGAGAGUAAUGCUUCUAUCAAAUUGCUUCAGCCUCUUCACCAGUUUCACUCGCCAUUACCACUUCUUCAGUGAACCUUUGACUUGGAAUGAAGCUCAGACUUUCUGCAGACAGAAAUACACAGACCUGGCCACCAUAGAAAACUCCGAAGAACAUAACUUGCUUUAUAAAACGCUUCAAUCUGCUGGUUACACCUCUGACGUCUGGAUUGGUUUGUACAGUGAAAUCGACUGGAAGUGGUCAGAUGGGUAUACUGGGGCUGGUGCUGAUUACAGGCACUGGAGAAGUGAUUACAAUGAACCAGAAUUUUAUCAUGCCAGUCAAUUGUGUGUACGUUCUGGGGAUCUUGGAAAUUGGUGGGAUGAUGACUGUGCACUAAACCAGCAAUUUAUCUGUAACACCGGGACACAAGAGGAACCUCAAUUUACUCGUCAAAAAGAAAACAUGAACUGGUCUAGUGCUCAAAGGUUCUGCAGGGAAAACUUUAUUGACCUUGCAACUGUAAGGACUGAUGCAGAAAAUAACAUGAUAGCGAAAGUAUUACCGAUUGGCGUCCAUGCUUGGAUUGGUCUGUUUAGAGACCCAAACUUUUUUUGGUCAGAUCAAAGCAGCUUCCUGUUUAGUGCCUGGGACUCUGUCAUUAAUCCAAUCGGCUCAAUGACAGUGAUAUGUGGUGCUACAUCUUUUGGGAGAUCUGGAAAAUGGAAAUUUUUAUCAUGUGAAAAAAGAUUGCCGUUUGUCUGCUACAGUGUUCAUGUUUUCAAAAAUGUAGUAAAGCUGAAAUUGAAGGCAGAGGACUCCAUGGAUCUGAAUGACCCUGUUCUGAAAGAGAAAAUCCUGAAAAAGCUUCAAGACAGACUCCGGGAGAGAGGAAUGAAUGCCACCCUAAAAUGGAGGAAGGAUCUCAAUAGAGAAACUGUCAAGAAGGAGCUGUAAACUUAGAUCUGAAUUGUAAUCCCAGAUGCUUCCAGAAUUGUUUGUUUUAAAUAUGGUAUAAAUAACAUUGUUAGAGCACGGCAGCAGUAUGCACUGCUGUUUUUGUCUUUGUUAUUAAACUCAUGAGUUUAAACUUUGCUGCAGUUUAUAUAUUUCACUCAGGCAUACCAUUGUAUCUACCUUACCAAUAAUAUAUUGAUUUCUGUUUAUGCUAUAAUAAAGUCCUAAACCCUCAAAGCCAAUACUGGGCAGGCCUUAUCUCUGCAUUUAACACCAAGAUAUUAGCUGUAGAUUUUCCUGUAAGCUGUGAGGAGCAGCCUUAAAACAAGGUAGGUGUCAAGUAAAUCAAACAGAUGCUUGCUUGAUUGAAUUACAUUUUGUAGAGUUUUAAGAUAACGUUAGAGACAUUUUGUAAGUUUUAACUGAAAAAUAUCUUUACAAUAGCCUUUUUAGCUGACCCUUUACGACUACAACAUUGUUUGAUGAGCAGACUGACACCUCGGUCGUUCAGCGAUGAGGAAUCCUUGAGGUACUUUGGUUCAGAUGUUGCCGCGCUUUUUCUGCAGAUGUGACGUUAAGCAUGUUCAUACUAAAUAGUUCCAACUUAGCAAACAAUCAAAGUGGUAUAUUAAAGAUGGAUUUUGUGGAUAUUUAGUAGCAUCCAGUUCAGUUCAGGCAAUAAGGGGAACUAAGGGGUGAAAGAAGAAAAAAAAAACCUUGUCAAGUAUAAGUUUAUGCUAUUUUAAAUCAAUUCUAAUCAUUUUAUUCAUACUUCUCAAUUGUUCCAUGCAUAUGGCAUAUACCCAAGAUGCUACAUACUCCCAUAUAGACAAUUGUUGUUUUGUAGUUGUUGAUGAUUUGUUUGUUUAAUUUGCUUUUUUAGGAAGAAUUUGCUGUUGUUAUCAUUUGAU